GCUGCAGAGAAAGCAGGACUUUCUGAAGAACUGGCUAAGUACCUACUGGAAAAGUGUUCAACUGAAGAGGUGAAGAAGAAACUAAGAGAGACCACAAAUACAGCCUGCAAAUAUGGGGCCUUUGGAUUGCCCAUCACAGUGGUCCAUAUGGCUAACAAAUCCCACAUGCUCUUUGGCUCUGACAGGAUGGAGCUGCUGGCCCAUCUGCUAAGAGAACAGUGGCAGGGCCCAGUGCCCAGCCCUGUGAAAGGUAAACUUUGAGCACUUAUAGAAGAAGAGGAGCUGCUCAGCCCUAGGAGCCAACUCCUUCCUCCCCACAGCAUCCCCAUCAUGGAAUCCAGGAUGCUGGGGCUCUGCAUUCCCAUAUUCUCAUGUUUGGGGCAUAUGUGGCGUGGUAUCCUGAACUUAUUCCUAUUGCUCACAAGUGCCUUAGGUAGGGCCCCAACCUUCAUGGUUUCAACCAAAUAAACUCCCCAUUGGGGUAGACAUUUGUGUGUCUGUCACUGCCUGGUGUGUGUUGGGUAUUCUUGAUUCUGUAUCUAUUCUUUGGAGUUAAUGAAAAGAAGAUCCCCUGUAAUUUCCUAGCCUAUGUGCCAAGGGAGAGAGAAAAAUGGCAAGCAAGAAAAUCACCCAUUAUACAGAUGAAGAAACUAAGGCUGGCAGUAGUAACUUGCCCAAAGUCACAUAACUAGGCAUCUGCAAAGCCAGGACUUCUGCCUCAGGCUACCUGUCUUUUGAACAUCUUCAGUGGUAGCCAAUCUUUGUUCUUUGACAAUGAUGUAAGUUAUGGAAACAGCUGGAAAUAGUUUGUUAGGUGAGUACAGCUCCCUUCUACGAUUCAUCUUUUGGUAAAUCUGCCAGAGUAUACUAGGCUUGCUGAGCCAUUGAUCUAAGACUGUGCCAACUAUAGUGAAAGGUGAAAUACUCUAGGCCAAAGUGGGGCUAUGCCUGAGCCUGGACUGAAUUUAGGCACUGACCAGUGUGAGCUGAGGACUCCUGAAGUGACCUAGACCCCGAAGUGAUGAGCUGGGAAUUGAAUGGCCUCUAGCUAGAGAUAUGAGAUUAUGUUACUGACUGGAAGAUGAAUAAUACCUUUAAGAUCACAAUUAAUGCAGAGUUGGAAAAGACUUCAGAAGUCAUCAAGUUCAACCCCUGUCUAAAUAUGAGUUCCCUAUACCUCGUGUCCUGUAAAAGGUCUGUCAGAGCACCAAGAAGCCACCUUCAGAAACACACAGUGUUUGGCAGCUGACGCAAUAAAAUAGAGGACAACUUUGGAAUGUGAUAUUCCAGGGUUAAUGAAAAAGGCUUACAACAAGGGGUGUGCUGGAGUUAGCUCUGACAAUUGAUUGUUAACUUUUUAGUGUAAAUAUUUAUGUGUCAGAAAUCAGCAA